CCUGACAAACUGCCACUCACACUUCCCCUCUGCGAUCUGCUUGAGAAAGACCAUGGACAGGGAUCAACAGUUGAAAGUUGCAUUGCUUUGGAAGCUCCCUCUCCUUUUCCAGUUUUGCAAAGGUGACUUUAUGACAAAUAAUAACUACAGCAUUGGUGAAGAUGCUACUAAAGAGAGCCAAAUAACAGCGGAUUACAUCACUGAAGAUUCCUCCCUUGACUACAGUCAGUUUGAAGAGAUCUGCAAGAAAGAAGAGGUCCGGAAAUUCCGUGCUAUUUUUCUUCCUGUUGCAUAUUCCUUGAUAUGCAUUGUGGGACUGGCAGGCAAUGGUCUGGUUAUGGCAACCUACAUCCAUUUCAAGAAGCUCAGGACAAUGACUGAUAUCUAUCUAUUCAAUCUAGCUUUAUCAGACAUCUUCUUUCUUUUGACUCUCCCAUUUUGGGCUGUCAAUGCAGCCAAGCACUGGGUUUUUGGGGACUUUGCAUGCAAAGCCGUUCACCUCAUCUGCCAGAUGAGUUUCUUCAGUGGCAUGCUGCUGCUUCUCUCCAUCAGCAUUGAUAGGUAUUUUGCUAUUGUUCAAGCAACUUCAGCCCACCGCCUUCGGUCCCAGAGAAUGUUUGCCAGCAAAGUGACCUGUUUCUUGAUUUGGACAUUGGCUUUUAUUUUUUCUGUCCCAGAAGUGGUCCAUACCAGUGUUUAUGAGCCUCCUUCGUACCCACCACAAUGUUUCAUCACCACAGGUGAUCAUAUAGCCUUAAUUAUGAGAGUAUCUCAGCUAGUCUUUGGGUUUUGCUUACCUCUAAUUGUAAUGACUUUCUGCUAUUGUGUCAUCAUCAGAAAUUUACUGCAACCCCACAGCUUUGAAAAAAAACAUGUAAUCAAGAUCCUUGUUGUCAUCAUGAUAGCUUUUGUUCUCCUUCAGUUCCCCUACAAUUGCAUAAUAAUCCUCAGGACCAUUUCAAAAUACAACCUAACCAUUGGCCAAUGCAAUGCCAUCAAGCACCUGGAUGUGGCUAAUGAUGUAACUUACAGCUUGGCUUGCUUCCGCUGCUGUCUCAAUCCAUUCCUGUAUGCUUUUAUAGGGGUUAGGUUCCGCAAUGAUGUCCUCCGACUUCUUAGAGAUCUGGGUUGCAUCAGUCAAAAGCGGCUCUGGCAAUGGUCAACAAACCAGAAGAACAGUAGAAGUUCUGUUCCCACAGAAACUGAUACCACAACUUCUUUCUCCCCAUGAGAUGCUGGACAAUCAAUAUUGCAGAUGUCAAUAUCAUAGGUGUUUGGCAACAGUUUUCAUCACCCAUCAUCAGAGAUUGAACCAGGAGAUUCUUUAGGUCUCACUUAUUGAUGGGAAUAUGUUCACAGAACCUGAAGAAACCCCACCCUUCUUUCUAUUUCCCACUGGUCAACUCAAUUCAACUAGAUGAAAUUUUCCUAAAAAGCCAAAAGCAGGAGAACUGCAGAAAGGUGCUUGCAGACCUUAAACAGGAGAACUAUGUCAUGGCUACAGAAAAAGCAAAGUAUCUUCUUCUAAAGUUGAAGAGUGAAUUAAGAUGGCAACUUGAAAACAAGCAUGGAAUGCUUUACGAAUGUUGACAUUCAGGAGGCCUAAUUAAAAAAAAAUUGCAGACAUAAAAUGUUGACAAUUAUUUAGCUUUUUCACAAAGCCGAGAAACAAGCAGGCAGAUUAUUUCCCCCUUCCUCCCUCUCCUUCUCUCCCUCCCUCCCUCCCUUCCUCUAUACAACUCUGGAAUUUGCAUGUUGCAUGUUGCAAGUGGGGGGAGUCCAAAUGACUACCCAGUUCAAUCCAUUUCCCCCAAAAAUAGAGUGAAAAUGCUAAAAUGUUAAACUUCCAUAAAGCUAUCUUUAUAUUUGUUCAGUACAA